CUGGUGGGACUGUGUCCUGACAUCAUUGGGAUCAUUCAGUUGUCCCUUCACCUGGCCCUGUCCCCAGGUGAAGCGCCAUCCCAGGCACUGGGGGUGUGGUGAAGCAGCCACCAGGCCUGCUCUGGGGCAGCCUACAAGCCAAUGGGGAAGACAAAUAGAAAUACCCUGAUCCUGACAAAACGCCACGCAGAGAGCUGGUGGUAAGGCUGUGUGGGAGUUACCGGGUGUUUCCUGAGUGCUGGGUGAGGAAGUCCUCGCCCUCAUCCCUUUCUCUGCAUAUCCUUUCCUCUGGGCCCAGGAUGGUUUGCAGCAGGGCAGCUGCGUGAAAGGCGGCCCAAAAAGGAGAUGGGCUUGUGAGGGCAUGAGUGGAUGUAAGGGAAUCAGAGUGGAGGCUGUUGAGGGGGAGAUGCGGGCAGCUUGAGCCAGGAAGCCAGGGUGGGUGGUGCGGAGAAAUGGGAUGAUUUUGGAAGUAAAGUAAACAGAACUUGAUGACUGGGUUGGAGGUGAGGAAUAAGGGAAAAAUAAAUGAAUCAAGACCAAUGCUUUAGAUUUCCCCACAAGACUGAGAGAGGACCUCAGCAUAGCGCCUGGCCCCUGGCGGGUGCUGAGUACAUUUCAGCAUCUGGAGAUAACUGCACACCAUCCCCUGCCACUCCCUGCCCAUCCCACCUGCUCAGACCUGCGUUCUGCCUGGGGCAGCACGUUCCUCUCCAGGUCUCAGUUUUCCCAUCUGUGGAAGGUUAACACUACUUGCCUGCCCAGUCUGGGAGGCUCAGCAGGAGAUGACUGGAGUACAAAGUGUCCUGCAGUGAAUCCAGGAGUGGGGACAGUGUUCAGGAGCAACUCUUGCCAUGGGCACCUGGCCAAGCAGAUUCCAGCACCCAAGGGUGCUCAAGGGUCAGGACUCCGGUCAGAGGGCGCACCAGCCCCUGUAGAGGCUGAGUCCCAGCACUGUCAUUUCUCACUCUCAGUUCCAGGCAGAGGCUGGAUGUCAUGUUCAGCCUUGCUCUCAAGGGGGCGCCAUUGGACAGCUGCGCCUGUGGCCAGGAGGUGGCGCAGUUGGGCCGUGGGUCCCCACUGGUCAACCCCUAUCCUUUGGGUGGCAGCCAGGUGGCCCCUUCCCUGUAGGCACAUCCCGGUUUUGGAGACUCUGAAAGAGCGUUUCCCUCCGCCCCGGCCAGAGUGGCCCUGGAGAGGCCCACAGGGCUGGGGCAGCUGCCAGGUUCGCUGCAGGCAAUGGGCUGUGACGUGCAAGGGCCAGGUCUCAGCAGGGAGUCCUCGAUAUCACUGUCUUCUAUGAUGCAAAUAACAAAUAUUUUGUUUACUCGUCCUUGUUUACCCUCCUCCUCUACUUGAAAAUCGCGUUUUCUACUUCAGUUUUCCUGUGUCUCUGGUACAUGCAGGGUUGUUCCCAAUCAGCUGGUUUGAGUUUCUUGGAUGUUUAGAGAUAACAUGCAUUCCCCAUCCCCUCAACCCUGCUGUGCAACCCCCACCCCCGAACCCCGCCCAGAACAAGCUGGGGGCAGUGGUGAAGUGAUGAACUCCGGGGGAACACAUCUGAGGGGAGCCCUCAGGAAGGGGCCUGGGGCAAGGGCGUAAUAUGUUCAGGGAUGGGGAGAAAGGGCCAGAAUGCAGGGCUUGCUACUUGCUGCCCUGCCUUGCCUGGUCCUUUGCUCUCAGAGCCUCAAACAGCCAUCUUGAGAUGGAAACAGGCUUGGCAGAGGGCAGGCAGGGGCCGAGAUUCAGCAAAUCAGUGACCAAAUCAGGAUCAGGAGGUUUCCUGCUCAGGUGCUGCGAGAAUAGGAGGUGUUACUACAAAUGGCAGGAGGCGGCUGAGGGGUGGGCGGCCCCAGACCCGGAUCUCACACAGGGCAGCAGCAUGGCUGAGAAAGAACCCAGUGACCUUGCCUCCCUGCUGGGCGGCACAGAGCCCUGGGCAGCACAGCCCGCCUCCCAUGCUGAUGUCACGACACGCAGACCUUGGAGGGCCCUCUGACUCCGCCUCCUGGGGGAAGGCACUGGAGUGGGGAGGAGAGGGCAGCAGUGCCGGCCAGAUAUCUGCCCUAGGCAGAAAAGGAGGGCCUGAGAGAGUUACACAGUAACAAAAAGACCCAGAGAGACCCCCAGAGCAAGCCACGGAGCAAGACAGGAAGAGGAGAACUGUGUCUGCAGAUUGUCUCAGACCUGCCACCCUAGCUUCCCGAGCCCUCCAUGCAGGCAGCAGCUGUGGCCAGGCUGGUGGGCAGCUGAGAGUGGGCAUCUGGGACCCAGGCCUCUCUCAGACACUCUCCUUGGAUAAGUCACUUCCUUCCUCCGGGCCUCAAAUUAACCAUCUGUGAAAUUGCACUUUGAAGCCUCACUGGCUGAGGUUGUUGGAGGAACAAGAACCGUGUCUGGCCAGGUGGGCAGCAGGAGCAUUUGAUAAAGGACAAUGGUGAUUCUUCAGCAGGGGGACUAUGUCUGGAUGGACCUGAGAUCCGGGCAGGAGUUUGAUGUGCCCAUCGGGGCAGUGGUGAAGCUCUGCGACUCUGGGCAGAUCCAGGUGGUGGACGAUGAAGGCAAUGAACACUGGAUCUCCCCCCAGAACGCCACGCACAUCAAGCCCAUGCACCCCACGUCGGUCCACGGCGUGGAGGACAUGAUCCGUUUGGGGGACCUCAAUGAGGCGGGCAUCCUACGCAACCUGCUCAUCCGAUACCGAGACCACCUCAUCUACACCUACACGGGCUCCAUCCUGGUGGCUGUGAACCCCUACCAGCUGCUCACUAUCUACUCGCCAGAACACAUCCGCCAGUAUACCAACAAGAAGAUUGGGGAGAUGCCCCCCCAUAUCUUCGCCAUCGCCGACAAUUGCUAUUUCAACAUGAAGCGCAACAGCCGUGACCAGUGCUGCAUCAUCAGUGGCGAGUCUGGGGCAGGGAAGACGGAGAGCACGAAGCUGAUCCUGCAGUUCCUGGCGGCCAUCAGUGGGCAGCACUCGUGGAUCGAGCAGCAGGUGCUGGAAGCCACUCCCAUCCUGGAAGCAUUUGGGAAUGCCAAGACCAUCCGCAACGACAACUCAAGCCGCUUCGGGAAGUACAUCGACAUCCACUUCAACAAGCGGGGCGCCAUCGAGGGCGCCAGGAUCGAGCAGUACCUGCUGGAGAAGUCACGCGUCUGUCGCCAGGCCCCCGACGAAAGGAAUUACCACGUGUUCUACUGCAUGCUGGAGGGCAUGAGCGAGGAGCAGAAGAAGAAGCUGGGCCUGGGCCAAGCCACGGACUAUAACUACUUGGCCAUGGGUAACUGCAUAACCUGUGAGGGCCGCGAGGACAGCCAGGAGUACGCCAACAUCCGCUCGGCCAUGAAGGUGCUCAUGUUCACUGACACCGAGAACUGGGAGAUCUCAAAGCUCCUGGCCGCCAUCCUGCACCUGGGCAACCUGCAGUAUGAGGACCGCACGUUUGAAAACCUGGAUGCCUGCGAAGUCCUCUUCUCCCCAUCCCUGGCCACAGCCGCAUCCCUGCUUGAGGUGAACUCCCCAGACUUGAUGAAUUGCCUGACCAGCCGCACCAUCAUCACCCGUGGGGAGACGGUGUCCACCCCGCUCAGCAGGGAGCAGGCGCUGGACGUGCGAGACGCCUUCGUCAAGGGGAUCUACGGGCGGCUCUUUGUGUGGAUCGUGGACAAGAUCAAUGCAGCAAUUUACAAGCCCCCCUCCCAGGACGUGAAGAACUCUCGCCGGUCUAUUGGCCUACUGGAUAUCUUUGGGUUCGAGAACUUUGCCGUGAACAGCUUCGAGCAGCUCUGCAUCAACUUUGCCAACGAGCACCUGCAGCAGUUCUUUGUGCGGCACGUGUUCAAGCUGGAGCAGGAGGAGUACGACCUGGAGAGCAUCGACUGGCUGCACAUCGAGUUCACAGACAACCAGGACGCCCUGGACAUGAUCGCCAACAAGCCCAUGAACAUCAUCUCCCUCAUCGACGAGGAGAGCAAGUUCCCCAAGGGCACAGACACCACCAUGUUGCAUAAACUGAACUCCCAGCACAAGCUUAACUCGAACUACAUCCCCCCCAAGAACAACCACGAGACCCAGUUUGGGAUCAACCACUUUGCAGGUGUCGUCUACUAUGAGACCCAAGGCUUCCUGGAGAAGAACCGGGACACCCUGCACGGGGACAUCAUCCAGCUGGUCCACUCCUCCAGGAACAAGUUCAUCAAGCAGAUCUUCCAGGCCGACGUUGCCAUGGGUGCGGAGACCAGGAAGCGCUCACCCACACUCAGCAGCCAGUUCAAGCGGUCGCUGGAGCUGCUGAUGCGCACGCUGGGUGCCUGUCAGCCCUUCUUCGUGCGCUGCAUCAAGCCCAAUGAGUUCAAGAAGCCCAUGCUGUUCGACCGGCACCUGUGUGUGCGCCAGCUGCGGUACUCAGGGAUGAUGGAGACCAUCCGAAUCCGCCGAGCCGGCUACCCCAUCCGCUACAGCUUCGUGGAGUUCGUGGAGCGCUACCGAGUGCUGCUGCCUGGCGUGAAGCCAGCCUACAAGCAGAAUGACCUCCGGGGGACAUGUCAGCGCAUGGCUGAGGCUGUUCUGGGCACCCACGAUGACUGGCAGAUUGGCAGAACCAAGAUUUUUCUGAAGGACCACCACGACAUGCUGCUGGAGGUGGAACGGGACAAGGCCAUCACCGACAGAGUCAUCCUCCUCCAGAAGGUCAUCCGGGGGUUCAAAGACAGGUCCAACUUCCUGAAGCUGAAGAACGCUGCCAUGCUGAUCCAGAGGCACUGGCGGGGCCACAACUGCAGGAGGAACUACGGGCUGAUGCGGCUGGGCUUCCUGAGGCUGCAGGCUCUGCACCACGCCCGGAAGCUGCACCAGCAGUACCGCCUGGCCCGCCGGCGCAUCAUUGAGUUCCAGGCCCGCUGCCGCGCCUACCUGGUGCGCAAGGCCUUCCGCCACCGCCUCUGGGCUGUGAUCACAGUGCAGGCCUACGCCCGGGGCAUGAUUGCCCGCAGGCUGCACCGGCGCCUCAGGGCCGAGUACCUGCGGCGCCUGGAGGCUGAGAAAAUGCGGCUGGCGGAGGAGGAGAAGCUCCGGAAGGAGAUGAGCGCCAAGAAGGCCAAGGAGGAGGCCGAACGCAAACAUCAGCUGGCUCGUGAGGACGCAGAGCGGGAGCUGAAGGAGAAGGAGGAGGCUCGGCGCAAGAAGGAGCUCCUGGAGCAGAUGGAGAGGGCCCGCCACGAGCCUGUCAAUCACUCAGACAUGGUGGACAAGAUGUUUGGCUUCCUGGGGACUUCGGGUGGCCUGCCAGGCCAGGAGGGCCAGGCGCCUAGUGGCUUUGAGGACCUGGAGCGCGGGCGGAGGGAGAUGGUGGAGGAGGACCUGGACGCGGCCCUGCCCCUGCCUGACGAGGACGAGGAGGACCUCUCCGAGUAUAAAUUCGCCAAGUUUGCCGCCACCUACUUCCAGGGCACCACCACGCACACCUACACUCGGCGGCCACUCAAGCAGCCACUGCUCUACCACGAGGACGAGGGCGAUCAGUUGGCGGCCCUGGCAGUCUGGAUCACUAUCCUCCGGUUCAUGGGGGACCUCCCAGAGCCCAGGUACCACACGGCCAUGAGUGAUGGCAGCGAGAAGAUCCCUGUGAUGACCAAGAUUUACGAGACCUUGGGCAAGAAGACGUACAAGAGGGAGCUGCAGGCCCUGCAAGGCGAGGGCGAGGCCCAGCUCCCCGAGGGGCAGAAGAAGAGCAGUGUGAGGCACAAGCUGGUGCACUUGACCCUGAAGAAGAAGUCCAAGCUGACAGAGGAGGUGACCAAGAGGCUGCAUGACGGGGAGUCCACGGUACAGGGCAAUAGCAUGCUGGAGGACCGGCCUACCUCCAACCUGGAGAAACUGCAUUUCAUCAUUGGCAACGGCAUCCUGCGGCCUGCACUCCGGGAUGAGAUCUACUGUCAGAUCAGCAAGCAGCUCACUCACAACCCCUCCAAGAGCAGCUAUGCCCGGGGCUGGAUCCUUGUGUCUCUCUGCGUGGGCUGCUUUGCCCCCUCUGAGAAGUUUGUCAAGUACCUGCGGAACUUCAUCCACGGUGGACCACCUGGCUACGCCCCGUACUGUGAGGAGCGGCUCAGAAGGACCUUCGUCAAUGGGACUCGGACACAGCCGCCCAGCUGGCUGGAGCUGCAGGCCACCAAGUCCAAGAAGCCCAUCAUGUUGCCUGUGACGUUCAUGGACGGGACCACCAAGACCCUGCUGACAGACUCGGCGACCACAGCCAAGGAGCUCUGCAGCGCGCUGGCGGACAAGAUCUCGCUCAAGGACCGCUUCGGGUUCUCCCUCUACAUCGCCCUGUUUGAUAAGGUGUCCUCCCUGGGCAGCGGCAGUGACCACGUCAUGGACGCCGUCUCCCAGUGUGAGCAGUAUGCCAAGGAGCAGGGCGCCCAGGAGCGCAACGCCCCGUGGAGGCUCUUCUUCCGCAAGGAGGUCUUUACGCCCUGGCACAACCCCUCUGAGGACAACGUGGCCACCAACCUCAUCUACCAGCAGGUGGUGCGCGGGGUCAAGUUCGGGGAGUACAGGUGUGAGAAGGAGGAUGACCUUGCCGAGCUGGCCUCCCAGCAGUACUUUGUGGACUACGGCUCCGAGAUGAUCCUCGAGCGCCUCCUGAACCUUGUGCCCACCUACGUCCCCGACCGUGAGAUCACGCCCCUGAGGACGCUGGAGAAGUGGGCCCAGCUGGCCAUCGCUGCCCACAAGAAGGGGAUUUAUGCCCAGAGGAGAACUGAUGCCCAGAAGGUCAAAGAGGAUGUGGUCAAUUAUGCUCGCUUCAAGUGGCCCUUGCUCUUCUCCAGGUUCUACGAAGCCUACAAGUUCUCGGGCCCCAGCCUCCCCAGGAACGACGUCAUUGUGGCCGUCAACUGGACAGGCGUCUAUUUCGUGGAUGAGCAGGAGCAGGUGCUUCUGGAGCUGUCCUUCCCCGAGAUCAUGGCCGUGUCCAGCAGUCGGGGAGCGAAACUGACAGCCCCCAGCUUCACGUUGGCCACCAUCAAGGGGGAUGAGUACACUUUCACCUCUAGCAACGCUGAGGACAUCCGUGACCUAGUGGUCACCUUCCUGGAGGGGCUCCGGAAGAGGUCUAAGUAUGUGGUGGCCCUGCAGGACAAUCCCAACCCUGCGGGUGAGGAGUCAGGCUUCCUCAGCUUUGCCAAGGGGGACCUCAUCAUCCUGGACCAUGACACAGGCGAGCAGGUCAUGAACUCGGGCUGGGCCAAUGGCAUCAAUGAGAGGACCAAGCAGCAUGGGGACUUCCCCACCGACUGCGUGUAUGUCAUGCCCACUGUCACCAUGCCACCACGGGAGAUUGUGGCCCUGGUCACCAUGACCCCCGACCAGAGGCAGGAUGUUAUCCGGCUCCUACAGCUGCGAACGGCAGAGCCUGAGGCGCGCACCAAGCCCUACACGCUGGAGGAGUUUUCCUAUGACUACUUCAGGCCGCCGCCCAAGCACACACUGAGCCGCGUGAUGGUGUCCAAGGCCCGCGGCAAGGACCGGCUCUGGAGCCACACGCGGGAGCCGCUCAAGCAGGCGCUGCUCAAGAAGAUCCUGGGCAGUGAGGAGCUCUCACAGGAAGCCUGCAUGGCCUUCAUCGCUAUGCUCAAGUACAUGGGUGACUACCCAUCCAAGAGGGUGCGCUCGGUCAACGAGCUCACUGACCAGAUCUUUGAAGGUGCCUUGAAGGCUGAGCCCCUCAAGGACGAGGUGUAUGUGCAGAUCCUGAAGCAGCUGACAGACAACCACAUCAGGUAUAGUGAGGAGAGGGGCUGGGAGCUGCUCUGGCUGUGCACAGGGCUCUUCCCGCCCAGCAACAUCCUCCUGCCCCACGUGCAGCGCUUCCUGCAGUCCCGUAAGCACUGCGCGCUGGCCAUCGACUGUCUGCAGCGGCUCCAGAAAGCCCUGAGAAACGGGUCCCGGAAGUACCCCCCACACCUGGUGGAGGUGGAGGCCAUCCAGCACAAAACCACCCAGAUUUUCCACAAGGUGUACUUUCCUGAUGACACGGACGAGGCCUUCGAGGUGGAGUCCAGCACUAAGGCCAAGGACUUCUGCCAGAACAUCGCCGCCCGGCUGCUCCUCAAGUCCUCGGAGGGAUUCAGCCUCUUUGUCAAAAUUGCAGACAAGGUCAUCAGUGUCCCUGAGAACGACUUCUUCUUUGACUUUGUUCGACACCUGACGGACUGGAUAAAGAAAGCACGGCCCGUAAAGGAUGGAAUUGUGCCCUCGCUCACCUACCAAGUGUUCUUCAUGAAGAAGCUGUGGACCUCUACGGUGCCAGGGAAGGACCCCAUGGCUGAUUCCAUCUUCCACUAUUACCAGGAGUUGCCCAAGUAUCUCCGCGGCUACCACAAGUGCACGCGCGAGGAGGUGCUGCAGCUGGGGGCGCUGAUCUACAGGGUCAAGUUUGAGGAGGACAAGUCCUACUUCCCCAGUAUCCCCAAGCUGCUACGGGAGCUGGUGCCCCAGGACCUCAUCCGGCAGAUCUCACCUGAUGACUGGAAGCGGUCCAUCGUCGCCUAUUUCAACAAGCACGCAGGGAAGUCCAAAGAGGAGGCUAAGCUGGCCUUCCUGAAGCUCAUCUUCAAGUGGCCCACCUUUGGCUCAGCCUUCUUCGAGGUGAAGCAAACUACGGAGCCCAACUUCCCUGAGAUCCUCUUAAUUGCCAUCAACAAGUAUGGGGUCAGCCUCAUCGAUCCCAGAACCAAGGACAUCCUGACCACUCACCCCUUCACCAAGAUCUCCAACUGGAGCAGUGGCAACACCUACUUCCACAUCACCAUUGGGAACCUGGUGCGCGGAAGCAAACUUCUCUGUGAGACGUCACUGGGCUACAAGAUGGAUGACCUCCUGACUUCCUAUAUUAGCCAGAUGCUCACGGCCAUGAGCAAACAGCGGGGCUCCAGGAGUGGCAAGUGAACAGUGGGAAGGUGGCGCUGGCUCCAGGCCUGCUCUCUAGGCAGCAGCUGGCUCCCAACCAUCAGCCACCUCUGCACCGGGGGAAGACCAGUGCUGUCCAGGCAGACUGACCACUGACCACACCAAUGUGACCUCUGACCCUUCUUCCAGCAAGGCAGCUUUGCCGGCAUGCAGAGCUCCCCUCCGUCCACCCUGGAAGCAUCUGGUGGGUUCCAGUCCUGGCUUGCUAAGACCUUCCCAGUUGUAAGAGCCUGUGCUCCUUGGACGCCAUUCUUAUCUCAGACCAGCCCUACCAUGUCAUACUGGGAACAACCAAACCACCAAACCAAGAAUACUCUGAAACCUGAGUCCAGAAACCUUUGCGGUAGGUGAAGGGCACAGACCAACUUUAUACACUACAGUGUGGGUGCUAAGCCCCCGUUCGAGUCUCCCCUGAUCACCUCAGAGCAUAAGCAUGUGCUUCACUUUCUGGUCCUCUAGCGUCUUUGCUGGGGGAAGGGGAGGGGCAGGGAGUAUGUAGAGGCAGGGCAGGGGCCUGUGUGGGAGUGGCCUACACACCUGUCUCCUUGGUCUGUGUGUGCAGGCUGGUCUGGGUUUGGGGGUUGAGGUGCCUGAGCCUGUGGUGUGCUAGAAAGCGGCUUCAGUUGGGACCUGCUGGGACUGGGGCAGGUCGGGGGGAAAUGCUGGACAUCAGCCUGGGAGGUGGAGACCUAAGUGUGGAUGCGCUGGAGAGCUAGAGGGGGAACUGUGUGACCAGGAGGGAACAACCAAGUUUUGGACAUGACCUGGGCAGGUCUAGGGGUGAGGGCUUCAGACAGGGAAGGUGUGAUUUGGUGGGGGGGGCAUCCUUCUGGGCUAAGGCUGGGAUGAGUGCCUAGAGAAGUGAUGGGAGAAUCCCCUUGAGGUGGGUGUGUUUGUGAUCUGCCCCCAAGGUUCCCCCGACCUUCAGCAGUAUUUCUGCUGCCACGUCCCACUUGCCCUUCCACACUGAAGUGUCUGGGGUCACCUGCAUCUAGGUGACAAAGCAGCUCCAUGGGGACUGCCAUUCCUAUUUUCUCCAGAUGCUGUGUGGGAGGGGAGGGGCCGGCUGUCGAAAUGGAAGUCUCAAACCAGACAGCUCUGCCUUCUCGGGUGACGGGUUGUCUGAGGUAGCCCUGCCCCACCAGUGCUUACUCCACAGUCAGCCCAGGAUAAACUGGAGCCACAGGGAAGGUGCUGUGGUGUCUGCCCCCACACAUCAUCAUACAGAUGGAGACACUGAGGCCUGGAGGAGGAGUUUGAAUAGGUUAAGGUCACACAGUAGAACUCAAUUCACUGCUUCUAACAUUAGACUCCCAGACAGACGUUCUAAGCUCUAGUUUCCCUUCAAGGCCAAAGGCUACUGGGUGGUCAUGGGAUUAUGCCCAUCAUCCCCCACUGGGGAAUCAGCCAAUGACAAGCUAUCAGGAAGCACUGCACACUGGAGGACAGAAUGUGUGCGUUGGGUAAGAUCUUUGCGCCUGACUCACUCAUGCCCAUGCCACCUCUCACUCUGACUCAGGAUGGCAUCACUUUGGCACUCAUCCCCUAGUGAGUGACCACAGAGGGAUCCAAAAAGUGUAUCAUUUACCUUCUGGGUUCCUGAGAGGUCUCCUUUAUUUACAUGCUGAUGUUCACCACAGCCACUCCUGUAACGGAGAAUAUCAUGAAGGGUAAGGAUGAGACAAAUCCCGUGAC